GUCCCCUCCUAGCUCAAACUGAAGUGUCCCAAAAGUCGCAGACUGUCAGGCAGUUUCACAAAGAAGAACAAUUCAGAGUAUUAAAUUACUUGGCAGGCACGCAGUAUUAUGAGUCAGUAGUAAGGACGAGUUUGGAACAGGAUAAAACUGUUGGGGGAAGUCAGUAUGCAAAUCUCGCAUGUUCAACUGGAACUUUUUUUUAUAAUGUUUAAACUUCCUCAAACUAGAACAGACUCCGUACAGCCACACCUGGAGAUAAAAGGUUCCAAAGUUCUUUCAGGAGGGUCCUGUCCAUUUUCUAGCUGGAUAUCAGAUUUGAACAUUUCAGUCUCUCGAUACCUUUGUGAAGUCCGUUUUCUCCCAAACCUAGUCUACAAUAUUCUGGAAUUUAACCCGGUCUGGCUCAGUCGUAUGAAUGCCACCUCUGUUAUCAGAAGAUCGUGGCCUCAAGCCCCACCCCAGCGACUUGAAAUUGAUACAAAAAGAAUGAGUUUUCCAGUACAACACGCAGAGAGGAAACCCUGAACUGCUGGAAGAAUGUUACUGAGGAUAUGCGACACUAUGGGAGGGACUGUAGUCAAGAAAUGCUGCAUUCAGAGAGGCUCUACUUGCGGACUGUUGUUGGAGGAUGAAUGAUCAGUUACCUGAAAAUUGCCUGAGUCAUUUUCAUUCCAAAUUAAAUUGGGAGGUAAGGAGUGAUUGCAGAAUGAACCUUGUCUCAGCAAUAUGGUGCCUUUUUAUAUUUGGCUUUCAGCUCUGUCUAGCCAGCAAUGAUGAUCAGCCGAAGCUUCUUGAGUGUUACAGUGACUAUCUCAAGGAAAUUAUCUGCACCUGGAAUGUAGGCCCCAACGCAAACUGUUCCACUGAUUACAGUCUGAAGUGCAAGUUGAUGAUCGAUUUUGAUGAAAUAUGCAACGUAAUGGAUAUUAAAACUCUUCCCAAAUCAACCUGCCAAUGCAGGAUCACAAAACCAACUUUGGUAUUUUCUGCCGAUUAUGAAAUUAUGGUCCUUUUCAAAGGAACAGUGGUUCUUUCCAAACUCAUUAGACCAUCACAAACCAUAAAACCUUUGGCUCCACACAACCUCAUGGUAAACAUUUCAGCAGACAAACAGCAUUUCCUAGUCUGGGAUGAUGAUUACAACAACACAUUCAUCGAAAAGUAUCUGGAGUAUCAAAUCGCUUACAUGAAGACAGGAGGAAACUGGAAGACAAUUAACACAACAAACCAGAAAAUGCUGGCCCUUCAAUCGGUGUUGGAUCCUGGAUACAUCUAUCAUAUGAAGGUUCGCUCCAAACCACUACCAGAAUAUCAUGGGGCAUGGAGUGACUGGAGCUCUGAGUGUUUGUGGUUUUACGGUUCCUCUGACUUUGUUUCAACUGCAUUAAUUGUCUUCGUGUGUAUCAUCAUCCCUGUACCUGUGGCUAUCUGCUUCUUUGGUUUCAAGUUUGUGAAGAAGAAUUGGUGGGAGGAUAUUCCCAGGCCUCAACCAAAAGAUCUAUCUAAGGAAAACUUUGACAAAUUGCAGAAGAAUGGACAUAUUUUCAAUGAUGACAUGCUUGAUGACUGCAAAGUGGAACAAGUUUUGUGCACCAAUCAACUUCCACAAGGGAAGAACAGGAUCGAGAAUAUUGAUGACAGGCUUUGCACAGUGAACAUCCCAGUCUUUCAACCCUUGAUGGAAGUCUCCAAUUCCAAUGACAAAUUCCCCUUCCCUCUAUUUCCAGGUUUCAAUUUCCCAGUCCUGAAAAACUCUUUGUCUCCUUUCUCUUUGCCCUUUGAGGAUUUGCCUUUUUCCACCUCUGAAGAUCAUGAUUACUCCUUGUUCAAAAGUGUCGUAAAGGACCAACAGGAAGACAAGUACCACCCAUUCACCGUAAAUGAAGAUAGAGACUCUCCGCUCAAACUAAGCACCUACUCACUUUGCCCAGAUGCUGACAGUACAGCAACUGGAUCUUCUGAUCAAACUGGUUAUAAAUCUUUCAGCAACUGUGUCUCUGAACCCUGGACCAAAUCAGCACAAACCGUGUGGAACCCAGGAGAGCAACAGAUCUCAGAGGUGUUUCAGCCACAACCGGAGUCUGGUGAAAUUGAGUCAUCCGAUUAUAUGUCUUCUGAUAAACUUACAUUCAAGUCAAGCAACAACAUGAUGCCAGAUUGGGAAGGGGAUAAAAUACAUAACACAUCGUGUGACUUCACUGUGGAUGCUGGGAUUCACUUCCCAGUAGACCCCUUCCUGAUGUUUCCUGAAAGCCUUCAAUCUUCAGCCUUGCCUUUGAAUGCACAGACACAGUGGUGGCACCCAGUCUCAAUUCAUGAGAUGUCUGGCACAACAGAAUCCGACUUCACCCCACAUCUCAUGACCUCACAGGAUUGCUGCCUGAAACAGAAGCCAGCCUUGGGUGCAAUGGACCAGGGGAAUGAGGGUCAAGUAGAGUCAGACACCCCAGGAAAUACAGAGAAAAAGACCCAGAUGAAAUACAUUGUGGUCCCAGAGGACACUGAGCUGGGCCUGGGUGAGCUGACACCCUAUAUGAAACUGUCCUUACUUAAUGUGCAAGCAACAGAUAAAAUUCAGUUAGCAGAGCCAAUUCAUCCCCUAACCAAACACGUAUAUCUUAAUGAUAAUGUCACAGUUAUACAAAGGGACAAUAUACUUGAGGGUGAAUAGGAUGAAUAGCUGUUUACUGAGCACUUCCAUGUCUUGAGAAAGAUAAAGACAUACAUCUAUGGACAAAGUAUGUCAGUAAUAGUAGCAUGCUUCAAUUCUUUUUAUUUCAAAAUUAUACUUUAUUCAUCAAUUAUCUCUAAAUUAAACAAAAGACAAAUACAACACAGGUCCAUACAGACUUUGCAGAAAAUACACUAAUAAAAACUAGAAGGGUGGGAAAUAGAGCUAAGGGCAAGGUGAUGUGAAGAAUUGCUCAAAUAUGUGCAGGAAAACUUCUUGGUUAGUAGUGUAUGUCUAGCCCAAAGAGAAAGGAAGAAGUGCUGAAUAUUGUUGUGUUAUUUGCUCUUAAUACAAACAUCUGAACAUUAUAAUAAUGAUUGGUAAUCCAACAAAGGGUUGUCUAUCAAGGAGUAAUAAGAUUCCAGGAGAUCUCUUCAUACACAUUUUUACUGAUCACCAUGGCUGUGAUCAUUGUAUUAUAUUACCUUCUUCCAUUUAAUAUAAUAAGGUGUAUCAAACAAUUUACAUUUUGAAUGGUACGUUUGUCAGUAUAUUGAAAUAUAUGUUCUAAAUACAAUAUCACAUCUUCUUUUCUGUAAAUAGAAAAGCCACAAAUUAUAAGGUAUAUAUAUAAUUUGAAUAAUUUGAACAGUAUGUUCAGUGUAUGUAUAACAGUAUGCAUUAACAAUUACUCUGCUGAUUUGACUUGAUCUGGGAAAUCAUGAAACUGUCGCUAAUUGUUGUCAAAAUCUAUCUAGUUCACUGGUGCCCUUAAUGAAAGAAAAUAUGUCAUCCUUACCCAAUCUGGCUUACAUGUAUUGCAGACCCACAGUGAUGUGGUUGACUGUUAACUGCUCUUUGGGUGAUUAGAAUGAGCAACAAAGGAUGGCAUUGCCAGUAAUGCCCACAUCCCAUGAGAGACCUAAGAGGAAAAAAGACUUUUAUCUUAAUUCAUGGGUACAGGUUAGCAACGAUCUUCAUUUGAGUGUUAUGUGUGGCAUCUUCCUUAACUUCACUCUUAGAACUUGAACGUGCAUUUGAAGUGGUUCUACAGGUGUAUUCAGUCCAAUGCUUACAGUUGACACCUAGGGUCAUUCUGUUAUGGUAGCCAUGACACAGAGGUGCCGGUGUUGGACUGGUGUGAACAAAGUCUGAAGUCACAUGACACUAGAUUAUAGACCAACAGGUUUAUUUGAAAUCACAAGCUUUCUGAGUGCUGCUCCUCUCUCAAGCUGAACUGGAGCAGUUCAUCGACUUCAUUAACAAUUUGCACCCCACCCUCAAAUUCACUUGGUCUACCUCAAACAGCACCCUCCCCUUUCUUGACCUCUCCAUUUCCAUAUCCAGUGACAGUUUAUGGACCGACAUCUACUAUAAACCCACAGACUCCUGCUAACUGGACCACACCUCCUCCCACCCAGUAUCCUGCAAACCUCUAUCCCAUUUCCCCAAUUCCUGCAACUCCAUUUCAUCUGCUCUGACGAAACAAUGUUCCACUCCCAGGAAUCCCAGAUGUCCUCCUAUUUCAAACAACGUCCUUCCUCUCCUCUGUCAUCCAGACAGCCCUCCACCAUGCCUCCUCUAUUCCUCGCUCCUCAGCUGUAAACUCCACCCCCAAACAUAUAGAUAGAGUUCCCCCUUGUCCUCACUUUCCACCCCACCAGCCUCCGCAUCCAAUGUAUCAUCCUCAAACACUUCUGUAAUUAGACCCCACCACCCAGAACAUCUUCCACUCCCCAUCCCUCUCUGCCUUCUUCUGCAAGGACCAUUCCCUUCACCACUCCUUAGUUUGCGCCACACUCCAACUCAUCCGGUACCUUCCCCUGUAACCGUAAAAGAUGCGACACCGACCCACGCAUCACCUCCCUCACCUCCAUCCAAGGCCCUAAACGGUUCUUCCAAGUGAGACAGAGUUUCACCUGCAUCUCCUCCAACCUAGUCUACUGCAUCUGGUGCUCCCAAUGUGGUCUUCUCUACUUUGUUGAGACCAAAUGUAGACUAUGUGACGUUUCACCAAGUAUCUUCACCUGAGCCAAAAUGGCCAGCCUAACCUCCUGGUCUCUGCCCAUUUCAAUUCCCUCGCCCCACUGCUCCUCUGACAUGACCAUCCUCAGCCUCCUCCAGUGUCGCAGUGAAUUAGAUCACAAGUUUGAGGAACAAGACCUUAUCUUCAGCCUAGGUACGCUACCGCCCAGGGGACUUAAUGUUGAGUUCUCUAAUUUCAAAUAACCUUCCUACCCAUUCACUGGCUCCCUUUCCAUCUACCAGCUCCCUACCACCCUUCUGUUCCAGCUGCCAACCUGAUUCAUCCCUCCCUCGACCAACCAGGUCAUCCCUAUUACCAGUAUCCACCUAUCACCACCAUUCUGCUACUGUUCUCCCCAUCCCACCCCCCUCAUCUGCAGCUCCCCCUGCCCCACAUCUAGCCCUGAAGAAGAGUAAUACCUAAAACGUUGACUGCUCCUUUCCUCCAGAUGCUACCUGGCUCGCUGUGUUCUUCCAGUCUCCUGUUUUCUACCUUGGAUUCCAGCAUCUGAGGUUUUUUGUUUCUAGCCGAGCUUAGCUAACGCCUACCUCUGAAUUCAAUUCCUCUCAAAAGUCUGACUAAUGGAAAGAAAUCUAUAUUUCAGCUGCAAAGUAAACCAAUUCGUAACUUACAACUGUACCUUCAGGAGCAACUUGAUCUCAUCUGCUCUCCUGCAAAACGGACUUCUGUGCAGAACCUAUUGAAGAAAACUCGAGUGGACAUUGACUUACUGAACUCUAAUUCACAUGAACUAAUUACAAUGUAUUUAAUUUUAAGCAACUUGAAUUUUGUAAUUUCUCUCCUUUCCUUAUUCUUUUCUUUUUAUAGAUGCAAAUAUGUAUGAAUAUGUUGCAAACCAUUCUUUUUUAAUGUAGAAAUAGGCCCUAAAUUAUUUUAUAACCCUAGGCUUGUUCUAUGCUGUAAACUUUUGGAUGGUCCAAAAUGUCUCUUUGAAACGCUUUUAUGGAGAUGGAUAAGACCAUAAGAAAUAGAAACAGGAGUAGACCGUUCAGCCCUCAGGCCUGCUCCACCAUUCAAUAGGAUUAUGGCUAAUCUGACAUUGCUCACAUCCACUUUCCUGUCUUUUCCCUGUAAUUCCUUGAUUUCCCUACUUAGCAAGAAUCUGUCUAUUCUCAGCCUUAAAUAUACACAAAAAUUCUGACUCCUCAACUCUCUGUGGCACAAGCUCCAAAGACUCUCAACCCCCGAGAGAAGAAAUUCUUCCUCAUCUCAGUUUUAAAUUAGCACCCUCCCCCCACCCUUUAUUCUGAGACUGUGCCCUCUGGACAUAGAUGUUCCCAUGAGGGGAAACAUCCUCUCAGCAUUCAGCUGGUCAAACCCCUUAAAAAUCCUAUAUGUUCCAGUGGGUGAACUCAUACUUGUUUACAUUGAAAUCUAUCUGCCACAGUAUUGCUCAUUUGUCUACUCUAUCCACACCUCUCUGUAAUUUUAUGCUAUCAACUACAAUGCCUUCCAACUGUUAUCAGUAAAUUUGGAUAUUUGACUUUCUAUGCUGUUAUACAAAUUGUUAAGAAAUUAUUUGAAUAAUUUGAGGUUCUACAGUCUUCUACAAACUGUUAGGACCAUUUGGGAGCUGCCACUGGAUGGAAUCUUUCUUUUUAGCCUAGUCCAAAGUGCUUAUCGUCCUCAUCCAACCAAGUGAAGGGAAAGCCUGCAGCAGCAAUGGAUUCUCCUGCUUGGGGAGCUCUGCCACUACUGUCCACUCUUCAGGUAUGGCUAUAUGGGUAGGUGCUCCUGCACAAGUCUUAGUGACAGAUAGAUUUAAAUAGUCAAAUUUUCCCAGUUUUCAACAAUCUAACCAGGACCUGAUGGGAAUGGAGUCAGGUGUAUGCCGGACCAGGCAGAUUUCCUUCUGUAAAAGGCUUUAUUAAACCACAUCAAUUUUUAGAACAAUCAACAUUGCUGCAAUUAGAUUAGCUUUUAUUGAAUUCAAAUUUUAACGUCCAAACCGGUGUCCCUCAAACUUUAGACUGGGCUUCUGAAUUGCUUGUCCAGUAACAUUACCAUUAUGUCACCACCUCCCCCCCAAACAGAUGUUUAGCCUUUGCGUCAAUCCACUGUUGCCUUUGAAAAUAUUUGAGGCUUGUACAUAUCUGUUAAGCCUUCACAUAUCUCAGUUACUUUGCUACCAUGUUGCGCACUUCUGUUAAUCACACACACUUGUUGAUCAUUCAACAAAUAAUAACAUAGUGUACACAUUUAAUGGUCAAUGGAAGGCUGUGAUGACACAUCUGACCUGCGUUACAGACCUGCCAUCUAAGAAAAACACGUUAAAAGGACAUAUCAGUUUCAAAAGAUUUGUACAUUGGAAAUUAAGUUUAAAAGAUUUUUCAAGGUGAAAGGCUACAGCAGUCGUAUCUGUCAGACUGCAAUAUUUCAAAGCCUACUGAGCUAUUCUGAAAUCACAAAAGGGAGACAAUGCAUCUAGCUCACGGUAACAUUUUACUUUCUAAAAUGCAAAACUGCGAUACCAGCACAAACUGACAUCAAAAUGGAAACCAUUUAAAUCAAUAACUACAUCAUUUGCAAAGCUGCUUGCCUCUGCCAACAGGCAAUGUAUGAGUUCAGUCCUAAGCUGUGGACAUAUCUACUCUUUACACUCAUUCAUCAGUUUGAAUGAGACCUGCGUAGCUUUCUUACGGUUUGGAACUUCAAGAAGAAGGCUCUGAGGGAAACACCACCAGAGGAGGCAGCUCUGACCAAAAAGAGAGAACAAAGCUAAAGGAUUUACAGAAAUCCAAGUCAGGGAAGGGAAGUAAACCAGAAAGUGUCAAAACCACAAGUUGGUGAAGAAUGAGGAAACUUCUCUUGUCUUCUCUCCCCCAACCAAAAUCUGCUAUUAUGAGAAACCGACUUGUUUGAAAAAGUACCACCAAUUGAAUUAUUGAAGCCAACGGGUCUCCACAUUCUAAUUUAUAAUGUUAACCUCUUCAGUUCAGCAAUAAAGAAUUCAAGCAAUGAGUCUUAAUGGAGCUUGUCUGUUUCAACCUUAGUAUCUGCAGUUUAUCUUCAAUUCCUUUAUUUCUUUAUCCACAAGGAACUUUCAGUCAUAACUUAUUUUAAUAAGCUUAUCUUUAAACUUUAAAUGAAAGCUGUGCUUCUGCUUUAUUUUAACUUAAAUCAUACAAAUUACACAGAGAGUUUCACAAGCAAUCUACUGACAUACCAUCCAUGUGAUGGACAGGCUUGGUGGUCACUGUUGUGUUCUGUCUUCUGGUUGGAAUGUCAGUAUGCCUUUAAGAAUUAUACUCAUCACAUCAUUCCUGCAUCAGAGCAUGUGACUUGAGGGUAUAAAGAUCUCAGACUCCCCACUUAACUUCGAUCACUUGAAACAUGACACACUACUAGGAACAUUUUCCUCACCUGCAAUUUAAUAGUUUAGUAUUAGCCCAGGAACUGAUGUUCCUUGAAUAUGUAAUAUUUCUUUAUAUAUUGGCUAGCUUAAAUAAACAUCUGUUGGAUUCUUCAAUACUACAAUAUCCACGAAUGUUUCUUUUGUUACAGGAGCUAAUAUAAGCAUUACCAUUUCAGGUAAAAUACCCUGCUGGAUCAAAAUCCAUAUCAGACAUGACACCUGUAAGGCAACUGUUGUGUUCCAUCUACAGAAUCAUGGGACUUUGUCAAAAUAUCCUUCCCAGUUACAAUGAGGUAACAUGGGGAUUGAAAGAACAAGGCAACUUACAUGAAAGACAGUACUGCCCAGGGAUCCAUAAUGAAGCUCAGCUGAGUCAACACAAAAAGCCUUUCCAUGCUCAUGAUGUUUUGUUACUAUG